GCAAGAAUACGAAAGAGUCGUCCUUAAAUUACUCGAGAGUGCUUCCUAAUUCGUGUUUUCAAAUAGUUUAACUCGCUUCGCGUCCUGCGAUAUAGAUUCCAAAGCAAAUAAUUGUGUUCGACGGAUACUUACACUACGAGUUUGUACAUUCGCAUGCAUUAGUUAGUGGUGUAAACGUAAAUUUUAUCGAUCGGUAAACCGUUUAUUUUCCACACUUUGUGUUACGUUAGUGCAGUUGUCGGUGAAACGUUAAUUCGCAGUGAUGGAGUUCGUUUCUGUUGACGUUCGUCACCUUCGAGUCAUUCGCGAGCUUUAAAGAAAACGAAAACAGUAAUACGAGCGAAUCAGAGGAAUUGGUCGUAUCAAGUGAAGACAGGCGCGUUAAAAGCUCGAGGAGGCACGUGGACCAUGCCAGGGCAAGGAGCGAAGUGGUGACCUGAAACUCAUCCCCGGUCCUGACCCUCGAUGCUUACGCUACGGCUGGUGUCGACUCACUUCCUGAAGCAGCCAUAGGCAGUGCCCUUCGCCUCAGAGAAAGGGCCCGCUAUGCGAUGUGCCGCGAUAGGGAUAUGAACCCAAAACUAAUCGAGUCAAACGUUUCCAUUUUAACGUCGUAUCGGUUGCCAGCGUCGGCUUAGAAGUUUAAACAAAAGAAUAAACUUUUUUAGAGCGGUUCCGUGUGCGCGGGCUACGUCGUCGACGAAGAACCCUCUCUUCGCCGACGUCCUCGUUCGAGAUAUUCGCGACCCCGUCAUCCUGGUUUCCGCGAACCAUUUACCCCCUCCCCACACAUCGUUCCUUGCCCUCUAUUCGUACAGUCUAUGUCCUCUUAUCUAUCGUCGCCCUGUGAUCGAGGUUCGAUAGCUCGUCGACCGUGUUAACCCAACGAAACGUGAUUUUACUUGGAAAGAAGUGCGAUCGGUGACGUAUGAAGGGAAAAGAAGGGACACAUCUAUCGAGGGAACCUCGUUGGAUCGAAACACCUGGCUCGAUACUCACUCCAACUUAAGCCAUACAAUUAAGAACAACCACCCGAAUCAACGACAACUAGAAGAACAAACUUACAGAAGGUGCGGCGCGCGAUAGCUGCCAGCCUGAACUCCGUUUGUUUCAACCUGUGGAGGGUCGCGAGGGAGUGCAUUUACGAGCCGACCGGUCGUGAAAGUAGAAGCUCGUUUGUCCGUUCUGUGGUCCGUUUAAUGGGGGUAGAGAAAAACUCUGGUGUUUGUCGGUUUGAUCAGUGCGGCAGCGGGUCGCGGUGUAGGCAAAGUGGGAUGAGACGCCCUCAGCAAGACCAUCAUCAUCACCCUACGCGCUCCCGUCAAGCACUCGAAAAGGACGAGUCCCGUUUGGCGAAAGUGAAACGCGUACUGGCGGUAUCGUUGCUGGGACGCAACAGCGGAUCCACAAAGAUCUUUGGCGCACGGCUGGAUUUGGUGGAAACGUACCUCGACACGGGCGUACCGUUCGUGGUGUAUCGUUUGUGCAGUUACAUCGAGGCCAAUGGAUUUCAAAGCGCCGCAGUGUUCCGUCUAUCAGGGGGAAGUCCGAGACUGGCCGAAAGGCUGAGGGCGGCUUUCGAGAGAAGAGGAGAUGCCGAUUUGGAGUCAGCUGCGUGUCCUGCGACCGCGGCGACGCUUUUGCGCCAGUAUCUCAAGGAAUUGCCGCAACCUGUCGUGCCAUCGGCGAUCGUUGCCAGGUUGCUGACCGUUCAUACCCAGAAUUACGCGAACGAUCGCAAUCGCUGGAUCGGUUUGACGAAAGAGCUACUGUCGAGUCUACCGGCUUCCCAUUAUCGGUUGCUGGGCUACCUGGCGAUCUACUUGAGCAAGUACGAGGCCAAGCAUGGUCGCGGCGCCGGCGUCUGCGGUGUCUUCGCCCCUGUGAUUCUACCUCAUGUUCCACCUGCCACCACGCUGCUGCGGGACAUUCUAGCAGAGGCAUCAGAACUCUUUCCCGACUGCAUCCGUGAUAACAACGCGGUGAACGGCGUGAUCCCUGCUAGUGACUGUAAGAUCUGCAAAGACGAGAAAGACGAGCUAAAGGAUUCCGAAAGCGGCGACGCAUCUCUGCUUUGCGCGCUGAAACCGCGUAAGCGCAAGGAACGUCGCGAAUCCUGUUGUCAAGAACGGAAACUGAUCAGGAGCAGCAGCGAGGAGCGUGUUCUGGAAAGUCCCACGAAAGCCGCGGAUACGAUCAGACGCGUGAGCAGUCACGAGGAUUUCAAUAGCGAGGAACAUUUGCACGUGUUGUCUCAACUCGGACAAGACAUGGGUCACGGUGUGAGAUGCGGAGGUCUUCCUCUGCAUGAAAGGACGAACGUUUCGCCGAUAUCGAAAAAAGUACCAUCGUUUCCAUCGCCGUGCGAGACGGCGUUGGAAACCGAGAAAUUCGAGUGCGAUGCCGAGAAAUUGAGAAGCAGUGAACGUUUCAGUAGAAGCAUCACUCCAAGAGGCAGGAAGCAAGCUCGAAGAAGAAGAGUGCAUAAAAUCGCUGACGCGAUGAGUUCCAAGGAAAAUGACGAGGAACCUGACAACAUUUACAACGUGUCGUCGAGUCCCAACAGUCGCAACGGAUCGCCGGCCCAAAGCUUUUUAGAAAUGCUGAGCAGCGGACCGAGUCGAUCGCCAUCGCCAGCUCGCCCACCAACGGUUGACCAUGAAGACUUAAAUAAUCCCAGCUUAACGAAUUGGACUUUCCAACGGCAUGAAAAUGCAGAAGAUGCAGACGCUCGAGUAGAAGCCAUGUUGUCCCCAAGAAAUUCUCUGUUGUUGCCUAGACGAUUUUAUACUGAAAACGAAGAGCAACCCAACACCCCGACAAUUGCGGAACUUGGCUUAAAAAAUUUGACCAAGUACAUAAACGGUUUGAAGAAGAAAAUCAAGAAAUACGAAGACGAGUUCGAAGAGAGUUUUGGUUAUCGACCGAGUCAUUCUGAUAAAAUGAAUAACAAAGAUAUAAAACGAUUGUGCACGGAGUUACAUAAAUUGCGAAAGGAGCACAAGCUCCUGAAGGAAGAUCCGGUCAGCGCGUUAUUAGCCAAUGCGAAUAACAGAACAAGAACGGAUAGCGAUAGCCCGACCAACAACAAGAAUAGCCAAGAAAAGUCGCGAGCUACGUCGAUGGAGGAAAUGGUAAAAGAUAUCGAGAAGAAACUCAGCGAGAAGAGAUUGAAGUGCAACAGACCUGACAAUAUGGAAGAACUGACUUACGAGCAACUGAUAGAAGAAAAAACUGCUGUGCAAAAAGCUUUGCUUCAUAUUGAAAAUAUUUUCGGAAGACCCAAAGAAGAUAGGACCGUAGUGCGUCCUUUAUACGACAGAUAUAGAACUUUGAAGAGAUUGCUUAUCAGAGCAGGAGCGAGCAAAAACAAAGAUAGCAUUUCUGAAUUAGCCACUAUCUUGGAACACGAAGCAAUGGAUUUCACGUCGUCUAAUGUACCCGGUAAUCCAUCUGACGCGGAAAGAAGAGCCAGCGAGCCAGACAUGUCGCAUAGAGGUAUUUUGGAUUGUAUAGAUUCGGCAGAUCAAUUGCCAACCGACAGCGACAGUCAACACAGCAGUAGCGAAGGAAGUCGCAGUAAUAAUGAAAGUCUCCAUGCGCUUCCACAAGAAGAGUUAUUGAUUCAGCAAAAAUUAACCAGAGAAGAGAAAAAACGUCUUCGUCGAGCUUUGAAAGAAUUAGAGGCGCAAUUCGAGGCUCGUGCCGGUCGGAGAAUGCAGAGGGAAGAUCGUGGCCCACAAGUCAUCACUGUCUAUGAAUCAUACAAACAGGCCAAAGCGAAACUUAGACUGAUCGACGCUCUUGUAGCGAAAAAUGCUUGACGCAGUAUCUAAUCGGCGUCUCGAAAGUUGCACACGUGGCAACAAUAAAACCCCAGAGCAUCAUAAACCUUGUAAAACGUGCACAGUAGUCGCUAUACAAUCGACGAAUCACAUUACGUUCGUACAGUUUAUUAAACGAUUUUGUUGUGCAAUAGGAAUGGCAAGCAAAAUGAUUAGAAAGAAAACAGCAUCGAAAUAAAAAACUUAAUAUAUAUCAUAAUAUAAUUUCAAAUUACUGAAAAAUCAAAAAAUGUUAAGAUAUAAAGGAGAAGAAUAUCUUUGCGAUAAUGGUAUCGAUAUCGUUCCUCGAAGUUUAUGUAUCAAUAAUCAUUUCUGUUAUCUUCAUUUGAAAACCAAAAAUGUAACGGUUCAACGCAUGAAAAUAUUUGCGCGAAUUUUAAUUCUACGCUAUGAGUGGAAGCAAGUACGCUUGCAAUUUGCCUACGACUCCGGUUAAAACAAAUAUCGAACAUGAUGCAGUAUUGAUUGCAUGAAAUGUUUCGAGAAACGGUAUCGAUCGUUGCACUUAACGACAUCAGUUCCACGAUUCUCCUAUCGUUUCGGGGAACUCGUAUACAUAACUUCAUAAAGGAAUAUUAUACGAUAGUAAUGAAUACGAAUCCUACCAGACUAGCACUUUGAACUCUAAGCACUAAUAAUAGUUAGACAGUGACAGUGGCUACUGCGCUAUGCAUAUCGAAAUGAUCCGCCAAUUUGCACUUAAUUUCCUCGAAAUACUCAACAUCGAUUUUAAUACAGCAGGAUGAUGCUUAUUUCAUAAUAUCUAUCGAAUCAUUACGAAUGUCUACCUACUUGUACGAGGAACUUUGGAUGAAAAAAAAGCAACUCUAAAAUGACUUAGUCUAUCGAAGAUUUUAUACGUACAUUUACUAAUGCCAUCGAACAGUUUAUGCUUUCAUAAACGACAUUUUGAAAAUUUGCUUUUUUGCUACUUUGCAGUGUUUGCAUAUUUCCAUUACGACGUAUCGUGGACGUACGAUCUUUUCAUACUUUUUACUUUCACGCAUUCCCCUGUGUCUAACCAUACGUUGAAGAAAUAUAAAAACAAAGAAUUGAAAAAUUUUGCUUGAGAAGUUGUUAUGCUAUAAUACACGUUUCUUUACUCUGAAUCAAGAGGUAGGGUACAUUCGAAAAAGUGUGGCAUUGUCGGUUACGGACACGAAUUAUGAAAUCGAUUUUGAUAAUCACGACAAAUAUAACGAGUUGAUUAUACAUGUUUAUUUCUUGUAUUAUACUUUUCAGAAUUUUAUUAGAGAUCUUGUUGCCUAACAUUAUCUAUGUUUUCAGAUCAGACUUGUUCUGGCUAUUAAGACGUUUUUUUGUUUUUGUUUAGAAGAUCAUGACUUCACGACAAUUACUUUAAUUUCAAAUAGUGGAAACGGAUGACUAUAGAGUGUGUAUUGUUUAAAAUUGCUAUGUUCGUUUCAUCGUACGAGAACUAUCAUCGGAUUGAAAAAUACUGAGAGUAAAGAACGAAUCUGUGGGGUUAAUUGUAAUGUAAGUACCUUGUAAGAGAUAUCACAUGUUGUAAUUGUAGAGUACUAUAAACUGUUACAGUCUUAUAGCGUAUUAAACAUAUUCACUAAAAGCUCGUUGAUUUUUGCGUUUUGUAAUCUGUUUGCGCGAGUAAAAUUUUAAGACUAUUCAUAAAUGACGACGGCUUUAAAAUUCAACUCGAUGAAGACGAAGUUUCGAACGAGGAUGCUAUGAUUGAAUUUAAAUUGUAUCAAGUAAACAACAACAAAAAAGUGCUUUUGCGAGUCUGAUUAACGUUGAAGAACGGAAUGAUGUUACUUAACUGCUUUUAACAACAUUGGCAAGCUACAAAAUUUGAACUUUAAUAUGGAACAAGGAUCGAAAUGUAACUGCAUAAGCAAAUAUCGUAACAAAAUAAUAAUGCACAUAUCAUUAUUUAAACAAACCCUGUGGGCAAAUAAAAUGCUUACAAGACUCGAUAUAAAUAUGUAAACCAACAAAUCGCUUGCUACAUAGUUGGUUCAAUUUCUGUUGCUUGCGUCGAGUAAAAAGAAAAACUCAGCGGUCCCAUAUUUUCCUUUCACGCUAUCCAUUUUGCACACUCGCGCGAAGAAAAACUAAUUUCUUCUAAAAAAAAAACUUUGGGCGAUCGAGAUUUUUGUCAUAAAUUUUAUUCCGCGCUGAACAAACGGAAAAGCAAACGAUUUUUUAGACCAAAGCAUUUUUUAGUCUGUGAUAUAAUAUGAGAGAUAUACUAUUUGCGUUACUAUGGGAGAGUGUGUGUGAGAAGGAUUUAAUUUAAUUUUCUCGUGGUAAACGAUCUUUGAAGAUAGUAGAGAGUUAUCGAAGUCAAUCAUCUCUUCGAGAGAUCGUGAAAUAAGGAUGAUAGCUUAAGCUAUAUUGCAUUUUUUCGUGGAAAAAAAAAACAAGUUGAAUUAACCAGAAUGUGGAAGAUCGGACAGUUUAUGAUUUUUUUAAAUUUAUUUUAUACUUUCGGCAAUUAAAGGAAAAGAAAUUAUCUAAAUAUAAAAAUGAAAUGUUAUUUUCUUGGAAUGCAAAAUAUUUUCAUACAUAUAUGUAUAUUUUCCUCGGCGGUUUCUAACGAUGAUCGCAGCAACUCGUAUUAUUAACGAAUCGAUGCCAGAAAAAACUUAAUUUUAUAUUCGAUAUCGCAGAGAUAUUUCGUUUUUGAUAGAUUUUUGUGUGAAUGAGCAGCGACCUUUAUAAUAGGAGGAAUAAGAAGUAUCGUCUUAGAAAUAACAUUUUAUAUUAACGUUAUCUAAGAUACAUUUUGUAGGUUGUAAAAGAGAAGUUCUCAUAACAGUACGAUUAUAAUUUUUCACGACAUAUUCAAAAGUUAGCGUUGACAUUGAGCAAUGGUAAGUUUUGUUCAUAUAUUUAUUAUAAAUUGAACCUAAAGAAAACGAGGAAUAAACGUCUAGCGAAGUGUUAAUUGUCCUGGACGUUUAUUAGCGUGUGAUUAUGUACAUACAUAUACAUGGUAUGUAUAGAUACAAGCAGUUGCAUACAUAAAUACAUAAAACCAUACACGCAUACGAAUCAAUAUAUACGUUAUAAGAAGUAGCAUGCAGAAUCGAAUAAAAGAAGAGUAUGAGCCACUAAAAACAUUGUACUCAUUCUAAGAAGUAAUCCAAAGAGAAUCCUUAGUUGUAUAUAAUUUAAGUUUAGUAAUCCUUCUUUAAGUUUAAAUAUUAUAAUGUACAGUAAAAAAUAACAAAUUCUAAAUACUUAAUUAUGAGCUUAAGAGAAACUACCACAAAUUUUAUUUGUCUUAUACUGUAUAUUUCUCAUGAUAAGUUUCUAUCAAAUUUUAGACCUGCGAUUAUGACGAUUACAAUUAACAGUAUAUCGAUCAUUAUGCAUGUCUUGUAGUCAUUUUAAUGUAGGAAACAGAUGCAUUGUCUUGAAUUGUUAUCCGUUUGAGAUUCGUUUUAUUUCUAUAUAUGUACAUACGAGAAGUGUUUAAAUAAUUAUCGUAUAAUAAAUAUGCCUAUAUAUAGGUUCAACUUACUUCGAAAA